AUGGAGCAUAACUUCAGCCCUUCAGCGCUCUACCAAGGACUGUCGAAUCCUCAUUUCCAUAAAAGCUACGCCCUCCAAUCUCCUCCCAUGGAUGUCUCAUUCGACCCCUGGUCACUAGACAUCAUGACUCAACGCGUCACACAGAUAUUCAUCGAUAUCCCGGAAACUGAAGAGUCGGAUCCUUCGGCAUCCACACCAGUGCCUAGACAGACGGAGUCUCAGCCUUUAGUCACCCCUAAGCUAACGAAGGAGGUGAAACAACUAUCGAAGCAAGACCCGUCCAAGAAUGUCCUGCGCGACCAUGGGCGAGACAACCGCCAAGGUGAGGGUCUGGCGGUGCAUUCGCCGGUCAUCCAGAGAGGCUGUCCUUGGGACACAUUGAAAGAUCUAUUUACCUGUGAUCUUGCAGGCCCCGUGACUCUUGCCAUCCACAAACAGGACCCUCGCAAAUUGAUCGCUGUCCGUUCUUUCUCCAGAGAUAAAGCAGACAAAUGGCUGGAUGUCCUUCGGAGGACCAAGCAUCCCAACGUCGUUUGUGCGAGGCAGAUUUUCAAGGAUCAUGGGACCACCUACUCCAUUUUCGAUGACCUCCCUCUGACUUUGGAGCAUGUGGUCGCCUGUGAUAUCUUUCCGUCUGAACUUCAGCUUGCUUCUAUCCUCAUACAGGCCCUAGAUGGACUAACCCAUUUGCUGGAAUGCGGCUUUGAACAUGAAUCCUUGAAUUGUUCCAAUAUUCUCCUGGGGCAAGACGGGGCCAUUCAAAUCGGUAUGUUCAACCAUCAUUUGGAUACAUCUUGCUCACGAUCCUGGACAGCGGCCUUGGAACACUGCACUGAGCGCCAGCCGAAUCAAUCCCAAGCAAAACUUCUUCGCGCUUUGACCAAAAUCACCACACUUCUCAUGCAGAAGUAUUUGAAGGCGGAUAGUGUGGUUGGGAUCGAUAGUACACGGUGGCAGUCCGACCCCCUAGAGUUUCUGUCCGCUACUGCAUCCGUCGCGACAAUCCAAGACUUAAGGGAGCACUCUCUUAUUACCAAGCAUCGCUGUGCUGCAGGAACAUUGGUCGGGCUUGCCCGUCUCUGUCUCAUCACCACGCGUACUUUCAUACUAAAACCAUGGUCUCAGGAAAACAAAUAA